GCCCUGUUCUCGUCGCCAUCCGCUCGAACUGUCAAACCAUCUAAAAUACUCGACGACAGAGUAGGAUAGUGACGUCGUCGAUACUCCCCUUGAAUUAGAAAGAGACUACCGACCAAAUAGGCUCAUUUAUCUCUGUCGCAACCGUCACCCAUUUUAAGAUCGUAAGGCGCAAUCUAGAGUAUUAUAUAUCUAUGGUUAAAAUAUUUCCAAUUAUUCGGAUUGUGGAGUAAAAACGGAGAAAAACUGGCUAUGUGCUAAAGAGUAAAUGGCCAUUGGUCAUAGCAAAAAAGAAGACCGAGAAUAUUCAAAACAAAAACAGACCGAUUUAUUUGACAACAAACUUCAAAACACCGAAAAUUUCAUAAUUUUUGUUUUUCAACAAAAUAUACCUACAAGCAAAUAAAUUUAAAUAGGAAUGAAACAUGUCAACUGAUCAACAAGAUCUUGAUUUAUCAGUACACCAUCAAAUUUAUUUAAAAGACAGUGAUCAACCACAUAAUAUUCAAAGAAAAUGUCUUACACACUUGGUAAAAGUAUCCUCUAAUAUAUUGGACAACGAAAAUACUUGUACUUUAGUAGACCAUAAACUAAAAGCUCUUGCAGAUAUAUUAGAUAAAGGCCAUGAAAAUGUUUAUGACAACAGAAUAAAAUCGCUUCUUUUAAAAUCUGGCAAGGUUGCAGGAAAUAACAUUAAAUCUCAGUUAUCCAAUAUAGAUCCUCAACAGUAUAUUACAGCUUUGCCUUGUACCUCAGAAAAAAGCUCCUGCUAUAAUUCUGAAAAUUUUGAUGAAGAAUUGCAAGAUUUAUUGGAUACAUUGAAACAAAACAAAAGUUGUAAACCUGCUCAAAACCCAGAAUUUCUAAACCAGUCUAAUAAAAACAAACAAAUUUUUUAUCCUAACAAAAAAUCCUAUAUAGAAGAAAAGACUAAAAGUAAUGAUAAUAUGAGUAGUCUGGCUAGUUCUUUUAAAACAGCAAGGGAAGAAUUACAAAUACAGAAUAUUCAAAAAUAUGGUACUGCUUCAAAUACUGUGCAAUCAAAUUCACUAGCACAGAAAAAAAGGGUUGGAAAUAGAAGGGGCAUCAGCAAUAAAUUCAUUUCUCCUCUUAGAUCAAAUAGUGGAAGCCAUGAAGAUAUAAAACCAAAGGAAGUUGAAGAACCCGUGGAUGAACGAUUGAAAAAUAUUGAGCCCAAAAUGGUAGAACUUAUUAAAUCAGAAAUAAUGGACUGUAAUGCAAAUUUACAUUGGGAUGAUAUUGCUGGAUUAUCCUUUGCCAAAACUGCUAUUCAAGAAGCUGUUGUUUGGCCCUUGCUAAGACCUGAUAUAUUCACAGGUUUAAGAAGACCCCCAAAAGGAAUUUUGUUAUUUGGACCUCCUGGAACGGGAAAAACUCUAAUAGGCAAAUGUGUGGCUUCACAAAGCAAAUCAACCUUUUUCAGUAUUAGUGCUUCAUCUUUAACCUCCAAAUGGAUUGGUGAUGGUGAGAAGAUGGUUCGAGCUUUAUUUGCAGUGGCCCGUGUACAUCAACCAGCUGUGAUAUUUAUUGACGAAGUGGACUCUCUCCUAUGCCAAAGAUCUGAUACAGAACAUGAAAGUUCUCGUAGAAUCAAGACGGAAUUUCUCGUCCAAUUAGACGGAGCUACAACCGAUAAUGAAGAAAAGAUUCUUCUGAUCGGGGCUACGAACAGGCCUCAGGAAUUGGACGAGGCAGCUCGACGAAGAUUCGUUAAGAGGUUAUACAUACCACUGCCAGAAUAUGAGGCUAGAUUGCAACUUAUACAAAAGUUAAUCAAGAACGAGAACCAUCAGCUGACAUUUGAAAAUUUCGAAAAAGUUGCUAAACUUUCUGAUGGAUAUUCAGGAGCAGAUAUUAAAAGUUUGUGUUCUGAAGCAUCUUUGGGCCCUAUACGUUCAAUAGAUAUGAGUAUGAUUGAGCAUAUACAAGCCAAUGAAGUGAGGCCGCUAUUAAUGGAAGAUUUUGAAAAAUCAUUGAAUAGAGUUAGAUCUAGUGUGUCACCAAAGGAUUUGGAACAUUAUCUUAUAUGGAACAAAACAUAUGGGUCUGGGUUGUAAUUAUGUAUUUUAGUAAUAUUUUCCAGAAAUACUAUUUUUUAAUAAAUAAUAAUAAGUUUUA